GCAAAAGUCCACACAGCCCAAGAAAAGUCCAUAAUCUCCGACUCCCCCUACUUUUAGUUCAUCUUUUAUAGAUGCUCCUUCUUCCUUCUUUAUAUGGUUCCAACCACUUUAUUAUACAUUCAAUUCUGAUUUAUCUCCCCCGUCUUCAUCUUCGCCGGAAAACCAGAAGAAAUAAUGAUGAGAAGUAACGGCCAGAGAAAUGGGGUUCGGCAGUACAAGAAAUCUGCGUUGCCGCGUCUACAGUGGACGCCGGAGCUCCACGAGCACUUCGUCGACACCGUCGAGAGUCUCGGCGGGCGGUACAAAGCAACGCCAAAGAGAAUUGUGCAGAUGAUGGGAGUAAAAGGAUUAAAGAUUUCUCAUGUCAAAAGCCAUCUCCAGAUGUACAGAAACAUGAGGGAGCGGACAACCUUCGACGUUUUCGUGCCUGCAGAAAGCUGCAACUUCCGUGACGGCAGGCUACAAUAUUCCUCAACUUGGGCUCCCCAAGGGCACACAUUUGAAAGGUUACUAAGACCAAGUUUUGAUGAGAGUGAUGAGGAGAAGAAAUUGGGGUGCUAUUUUUCUGGCAAUAAUGAAAGGAAUGAGAGCAACCCAAUUGGGCAUCACCUAUUUUAUCUGGAAUCGCAGGGAAGUCUGAACUGCGAAAUGACGACGGCCAAGGCGGAAGAAGACGGCGGCGGUCCAAGUGAUGAAACCUUUGAACAGAUCCCACAAUCAGCAUAUAAUAAUGAAGACCACAGAAGACAAGUUUCGCCGGUAAAAGAUGACCGGAACUCUCACUCCGGCGCCGCCUCAACCGACACGGUGGACCUGCGACAUUUGCACUCCACCAAAGACAGCGAAAUCAACCUAGACUUGUCCAUUUCGUGUCCCUAUUGGUAAUCAUAGAUUUCAUAUAUACAUCAAAUUAGGGCUGUUCAUACGUGUUACACAGUACAAUAUUUGUACCGAAUUCAUCGAGUACCCAUUUUCCAACUUUAAUUUAUUUGUUUAUUUUUUGUAAUUUUAAUAUUAGUUCAUUUCACAGCACUUUCAAGUUUACUAUUUUCUUCUUUA